CCCAAGUUAUGUGAAACCCUAAAAGCUAUAAACCUCGUCUUUCUUAUAAACACGAAAACCCUUUUAAUCCCUGCCGUUUUCCAGACCUUCAAUCUCUACUUUCAGACAUGGCCCCAAAGAAAGGUGGAAAGGCGGUUGCAACCAAGAAGAAAACAGCGGAGAAGGUUGUGAAUCCGUUGUUUGAGAAAAGGCCGAAACAAUUUGGAAUUGGUGGGGCAUUGCCUCCUAAGAAGGAUCUUCACAGGUUUGUGAGAUGGCCACAAGUCGUUCGGAUUCAGAGGAAGAGGAGGAUCCUCAAGCAGCGUUUGAAGGUCCCACCUGCCUUGAAUCAGUUUACCAAAACCCUCGACAAAAAUCUUGCUACUACACUGUUCAAGAUGCUGCUCAAAUAUAGGCCAGAGGACAAAGCAGCAAAAAAAGAACGCCUUCUUAAAAGAGCUCAAGCUGAGACAGAAGGAAAGACAGUUGAGGCUAAGAAGCCUAUUGUGGUGAAGUAUGGACUUAACCACAUCACCUAUCUCAUUGAGCAGAACAAGGCUCAAUUGGUUGUUAUUGCUCAUGAUGUGGAUCCCAUUGAGUUGGUUGUCUGGCUUCCAGCAUUAUGCAGAAAGAUGGAAAUCCCAUACUGCAUUGUUAAGGGAAAAUCCAGACUUGGAACUAUUGUACAUCAGAAAACAGCAGCAGCUCUUUGCUUGACUACAGUGAAGAAUGAAGACAAAAUGGAGUUCAGCAGAAUCUUGGAGGCUAUCAAGGCGAACUUCAAUGACAAGUAUGAAGAGUAUAGGAAGAAGUGGGGUGGAGGAAUAAUGGGUUCCAAAUCCCAGGCUAAAACAAAGGCAAAGGAAAGGGUUUUGGCCAAAGAAGCUGCUCAGAGGUUGAAUUAGAGAAACCUUUUUUGUAAUGGAGAGCUUUGCAUUUAGAAACAUUUCUUGUUUUUAGAACACUCUAUCUGGUUUUUGACUUUUGGAAUUUAAUACUUUCUGUUUUGACUUAUUUUAAUGCCAACUUAUUCAGAUUUUGUCA